GUGGAUAGUCACGGUGAACACCAGUCAUUUCCACCUCUGCUGCGUUACAACUCAGGUACCUUAUUGUAGGGAGUUCCACAGCUGUUUCGUCGGUGCACUCUCGCAUGCAGCCACAUCUAUGGUCUAUUGUUCAUGUGCUACGACGCUUUAUCUUGUCACCACUUUUCCACUAGUGCUUAAGCCUCCACACUCUACCUUCCACAUUUUUCCACUACGUUUGUAUCGUAUAAGACGCCAUGUUUUAUCGCCACUCACUCAUCAUCUCCCACCGCCAGUUGCCAUCUCUCAAAGUCCUACUCUUCUCCUUACAUCUUUUAUUUCUACUCGAAUCAUGGAACAAGUGUGUUCAAACCUAAAGUGCUCUGCAGUCAUCCCGAUCCCGGAGGGUCAAGAAGUAGCAAUGUUCGACCGUAAGUCAAUUUGCGAAAAGUGCUAUGGCAAACCCAUUUGCGCAAAGUGCGACCGUUUGUUGCACGCGCCGCUCCCGAUUAUCCCCGCAAGACAAAUUGUGCCAGUAUAUGAAGAACCAGAGGCUUGCCAGAUUGAAGCAACCCACGCGUAUCUCCCGAGACCCAAGCCGGGCUACGCGAUUAGGCGUGUACAAGUCCCCGACGGGGAGGGUGGUAUGCGGUACGAGUACAUUUCUCGCCGUGUGGAACGGCACACCCACGCCAAGCUGGUGAACCGUGUCAAAAAGUUAUUUCAUUUGACCCAGCGGGGCUCUCAGAACUAGGUGCUGAAUGUUUGCACCGAUUAUUAACCAUUCUGGACCGUAUUUUUAUGUCUACCUAUUAUGUAUGCACAACACC